UGUGCUUCUUACCCUGUGUGCUGCUAUACAAUGCUGCUGGAACCUCAGUUUGCCUGAGGGAGUCUUCCCAAGGGAUUAGUAAAGUUCUUUCUAAUCUAAUCCAACAUAAAGGCUCAUGAACCGUAUUUAACUGUAAAAGGUGUCACAGAGAUGAUGUCACAGAGUGCGACCCCUUUAACUUUGGUACAAUGCUGCAGGCACGUGAUGCAGCUUUAAAUCAACUGGAAGUGUAGAUGGAGGUUACUGCACAUUACGCUCACAUUUCCCUGGUGGCAGAGCUUCAUUAAAGUUCAGAGCGCCGUUUUAGUCUCCACGUGUCCUCACACUUGGCAGCUGGCUUCACUCGGCAGAAGAGCAGGACGCAUGCGCAGAGAAGAUUCUCCUCAUUAACUAAUGAGCAGAAUGUCAGUGGCACAUCAGCAGCCUACUGCGCUCUCCUCACUUCUUGCUCCUCACCCAUCAGCUGGAAGUGGUUUCCUGUCCCACUCGUCUGUCCAGCAUGGAAGCAACCGCACUUUUCUCCUUCACAGCGUCAGAAUCCGAUGAGAUCAGCUUUCACAAAGGGGACAUCAUCAAGGUGAUAGAUGCAGAGGAGGAUUCGUACUGGGUGACAGCAGAGGUCCACGGGAGACGUGGUUACGUGCCACAAAACUACAUUUCUCUCCUUCCUCAUCCGUGGUUUGCAGGGAGUGUGUCCAGACAGGAGGCUGAGCAGCGUCUGCGUCGGCAGGCCAGCGGUGUGUUUCUAAUUCGAGAGAGCGAAUCAGCACCUGGAGAGUUCUCACUCUCUGUGAGCUAUGGUGACAAAGUGGAACACUUUCGGGUUCUGGAGGGGGCCAGUCAAUACUGCAUAUGGGACGAGUCCUUCUGCUCCCUGAAUCAGUUGGUGGAUUUCUACAGGACUCACAGCAUCGCUGUGGAGAAAGCGGUCUACCUCAGAGACGCUCACUGGGACACGCUCCCUCCCCUGACGUCCCACACGAGUUGUAACCCCUACCCAAACCCUUACAAAAGUAGCUGUCAGGAGUCCCUCCUGUACAUCCACAGCAUGUCUCACCAAGAGAAAGAACCUUCUCUGCGCCUGCUGGAAACCAGUUAUGGGGGUAUGACACCGUUAAACGGCAAUCCUCGACUGGCUCAUGCCCUCUGCGACUACGCACCGCCUCAAACUGCCCACCUUCACUUCCGGCGAGGUGACAUCAUCGACCUGCUGGACUGCUCCAGUUCGGUGAGCUGGAGGGGGCGGUGCCACGGCAGAGUGGGAGUAUUUCCACCAGAGUACGUCCAACCGCUGUACCAAUGACGUCCUACCAACUCGUACCGAUCAGCUGUAUUAACCGACCACUGUCCGUCCUUCCAACAGCUUGCACUUAACUUCAGGUGGGCAUGUUUGCGCCCAACAUGCUAUGCCGUCUAAGCCCCACCCCUUCUUUAUAGUAGACUAAAUGAGAGAACUGCACAGAUUUAAAAUAAAAAGUGAUUUUAUUUGGUUACUAAGGCCUUUAAUGGGCGACAGAUUCUUUAUAUCAACAAUGUUCCUGCUGAAAGUUCAAUUUAAAGUAAAAUUUACACUUUUUCUUAUUUUAUUGCCUGUAAUUUUAAGAAAAAAAACUUUUUGGGGGGGAGGGCGGUGAGUUCUAUUUAAAGCUGCUCCACAUAACACUCAAACAAAGUCUGGGCUUGUGUCAUAAUUUAAUAUAAAGCAGUCAUUCACCAGAAACUGCUGACAAGAACGAGUCGAACUCCCACAAAACUGUAACAAGAAGCCUCCUUCACAAGUACAAAGACCUUAAAUACAAGCAUAUAAUGAGCAGAAGGAAAUUAAAUACCCUAAAAUAACACAUGGUCGACAGUCAGGUCCAGAUGUAUUUGGCCAGUGAUUUUUUUUUUUUUUUUUUUUUUUUUUACCUCUGAACACCAAAAUGGAGUUUAAAUGAAUCGAUCAGACUCGAGAGGUUUAACUAAUAUUACAUUCAUGCAUCAUCCAAUGAUUUUCUUAAAAACCCAUUCGAUGGAUUUUUCUGAAAUUCGGUAGAGACAAUCCUUGGAAGAGUGUUUGGUAAACUGGACUUUCCGACUGAAACCCUAUGGGUCCCCCAGAAGGAUGAACAAUUUACAAUUGUACACGAAUACAUUAAUUUUCUUAAUAACACUUUCCCCACAUUUGUCUCAAGGACUUCAGAUUCCUCACCCUAUUUUCAUGCACAGUUUUACUUUUCUGAGUUUCAAAAGCACAGAGAAGGAUUUUUGUAAAAAUAAAAAAAUAAAUGAAAUUUCAGCUAAAACUUGCUAGAAGGCACAUGGGAGACUGAAGCCUAGAUUUGAUGUGUUUUCUUGCAUGAAAAUCCUCUUUUCCACUUCGACAUGAAGCUGUGUAAGUAGUGACGUAACAGCCAGAAGUUACACCAUGUGCAGUUUGUCCAAUCACAGCCACAGGAGCUUCUAACUCCUUCGGGGUUGUCAUAGGUGACUUGGUGGCUUCCUUCACUUGUAAGACACAUUUACCACACCUUCAAGGAAUGUGCAGGAUUUCAACAGAGAAAUAAACCAAUAUACAUGGACAUAUAAAGAGAUGGGCGGGUAUAUAUCUAUAUAAAUAGAGAUACAGAUGUAUUGCUUAAAUUAUUUGUUGAAGUAGUUGUAUUCCUGGCACUGCAUAUUUCUGGAGGGUCUGAUUUAACAUACAAAACCAUAAUGUUUGUGUUUCUUAAUGAUUUAUGUAAAUGAACUCCAAGA